GCCAGUCUCCCGCUGGGGUCGCGACGGGGCGUGCGCGCUCAAAGGAUUGCAUCCGCACUUCCUGGUACCAGCGCGCGGGGCCGUUGCGGGGUUGCUGCGGGGUCCCCGGGGCCGUGCUUUCAGCCCCGGCCUGUCCCCGGUCACCUGGGGCCGGGCGCGGCAGGUGCCCGGCGGCGACCUCGCUGCAGGUCUGGUCGGGCGCCCAGCGCCGCGGACGCGGAGCGCGAGCCGGGAGCCGGGAGCCGCCGCGCCUCGGGUGGUCUCGGGAGGUGGCAGCGCGGUCCCCCGCCCCCCGCAUUCCGGAAGCGGCCGCGAGGACCCGGCUUGCGGAGGAAGGUCCAGCUGGGAGGAAACGCACUUGCUUCGCACCAUUGCUCUGCUUGUGCAAAUAACUCGUUAAGAGUUCUUCCUACGUGUGCAUCUACCCAAUAUGGAAUAACCCAAGAGAGCUUGAGGGCUCUUGUCCCAAGAAAAAGGGAAAGAGCAUAUUCCUUUGAGAGAAUGAACACUCUUGUGUUUACUCUGCAGUGAUUCUGUGACAGAAAAUACAAGAGCUUAUUCACAUGGCAUUUUGGUAUGCCAGGAACCAGAAGUGAGAUACUUAAAGGCAGUAAAACUGAAGUAAAAUAGGAAGAUCAGCUAAGAAAGACCUACUGGAGAAAGCAAAGGAUGGAAAAUAAAGUGAAGCACUGUUUUAUUGUAGCAGCAGGCCUUUGAAAUUGAACUGAAAAAAAAAAUGACUGCUCUUACUUCAGAGAACUGCUCUUUUCAGUACCAGCUACAUCAAACAAAUCAGCCCCUAGAUGGUAACUCUCUGUUAUUCUUGAUUACACUUGGGAAAAUAUUAUUAAAUAUCCUCACACUAGGAAUGAGAAGAAAAAACACCCAUCAAAAUUUUAUGGACUAUUUUUGCAUUUCACUAGCAUUUACUGAUCUUCUACUUUUGGUGAAUAUUUCCAUUAUAUCCUAUUUCAGGGAUUUUGUACUUUUAGGCAUUAGGUUUACUAAAUACCACAUCUGCCUAUUUACUCAAAUUAUUUCUUUUACUUACGGCUUUUUGCAUUAUCCAGUUUUUCUGAUAGCUUGUAUAGAUUAUUACCUGAAUUUCUGUAAAGCCACCAAGCUUCCAUUUAAGUGUCAAAAAGUAUUUUAUUUCUUUGCAGUUAUUUUAAUUUGGAUUUCAGUCCUUACUUAUGUUUUGGGAGAUCCAGCUAUCUACCAAAGCCUGAAGGUACAGAAUGUUUAUUCUUAUCAGUGUCCUUUCUACAUCAGCAUUCAGAGUUACUGGCUGUCAUUUUCCAUGGUGAUGAUUUUAUUUAUGGCUUUUAUAACCUCUUGGUCAGAAGUUAUUACCUUGGUACAGGCUGUUAGGAUAACUUCCUAUAUGAAUGAGACUGUCCUAUAUUUUCCCUUUUCAUCCCACUGUAGUUACACUGUGAGCUCUAAAAAAACACUCUUGCCCAAGUUGAUUAUCUGUUUUCUUGGUACCUGGUUACCAUUUGUACUACUUCAAAUCAUUAUCCUUUUACUUAAAGUACAGAUUCCAGCGUACAUCGAGAUGAACAUUCCGUGGUUAUACUUUGUCAAUAGUUUUCUCAUUGCUACAGUUUUUUGGUUUAAUUGUCACAAACUUAAUUUUAGAAACAUGGCAUUACCUGUGGAUCCAUUUGUCAACUGGAAAUGCUGCUUCAUUCCACUUACAAUUCAUAAUCUUGAGCAGAUUGAAAAGCCUAUAUCAGUAAUAAUUUGUUGACAUGUUGCCAUGUUAAAACUAAAACUAACAGCUACAAGAAUUAUAAUUUUACAAAUGGGAAAGAAUGAUGACUUGGGACAUAUAAAGAAUGAACUGAACUGAAAGCUCUCCCCCACAUCCCAAACUUUCAUACCUUUUCAGAAUAUGUCUUUUUGGGAUUGUGAUUUUUUUUUUUAACAAAAUACUUCCAAUAAGAAAUAUUUAUACCUGUUGACCAUAUUGAUAUUUGUGUUACCCAGAAAACUACUGGAUACAAACUGUUAGGUAAAUCUGCGAUUCACUGCCAACUUUUCAGAUUUAAAUAAACAUUUUUAUUACACUUAAAGCAAGAAAAUCAAGAUUGUUUUCUUUAAAUAAUUUGGUGUAAAUAUUCUUUAACAUAAGGGGAAAGAUUAGUGCAAUUUAAAUUUAGCUAAUUUUAGGACUUCCCUGGUGGCACAGUGGUUAAGAAUCCGCCUGCCAAUGCAGGGGACACGGGUUCGAGCCCUGGUCCGGCAAAAUCCUACAUGCCGCGGAGCAACUAAGCCAGUGCGCCACAACUACCGAGCCUGCGCUCAAGAGCCCACGAGCCACAACUACCGAAGCCUGCGCACCCUAGAGCCCGUGGGCUGCAACUACUGCAGCCUGUGCACUCUAGGGCCCGCGUGCCUCAACUACUGAGCCCAUGUGAGGCAGCUACUUAAGCCCGUGCGCCUAGAGCCCGUGCUCUGCAGCAAGAGAAGCCACCGCGAUGAGAAGCCCGCGCACCGCAAUGAAGAGUAGCCCCCACUUGCCGCAGCUAGAGAGAAAACCCACGUGCAGCAAUGAAGACCCAACGCAGCCAAUAAAUAAAUAAAUAAAUUCUUUUUAAAAAAUAAAGUGGUUAA